AUGCCCCCCGACCACCCAGGAUUACCCCCAAGCCGGGAUGACCCGCCCCAGAGGUCUUCGGGAAAGAAGCCCCCCGCGGUCGAAGGAACGACUGUUGUGCACAUAUAUAUAUCCAGGUCGACCGUGGUCACCAGCAAGCACCCCCAUGACUCCCAUGUGAAUCUCGAUAUAUAUCCAUGCACCCGGACUAGGGCAAAGGUUUGUUGUCUGUUCUCGUCAUCAAACCUCGCCCCCCAGCAUCAAACGCCUCCCCCAUGCCUCCCCCCCCCCCCCAACGCCCCCCAAGCAUCAAUUACCACCCCCCAUCUUCCCCCAAGCUUUCAAGACCUCCUCCCAUGUCGCCCCGCCAACUGGCCAGUUUAUAAGUCGCGUGAUGCCCCCCCUGAGGUACUGCAAGACCACCCCCCUAUGCUCCCCCGGUACCCCCCCAAUACCCCCCCGUCCCGGGGCGGUCACGUGUACCCUCAAGUCGCCAUUGCGACUUCGCCGCGCGCGCUGCGCGUCUCAAAGCCCGCUCCCCCGUGCCGUGCACCUCUUCCCCUCCCCUCAUCCCUGGUGCGCUCUCUCCACCUGGCCAUUUGGCCAAGUCCUCCGCUCCCGCCAACUGGCGACCUCCCCCCGGUGACUACGCCCGGCCCCUCCCUGGGCCACGACGCGCCCCCGGGGGCCCCGCCCCGGAGCUAG